AUGGCAUCCAUCCCUGCCGAAGAACACGCUAGCUCGCUGUCCAAUGACGCGCUGUUGGGCGGCCACAGCAGGAACAAUAGCCACGGACCGGGUAUUCACAAGAGGACCGGGUCAGUAUUUACUUACCCGCCGCACUACGGCUCCUACCUCCAACCGCUGCUCCCAGAGCUCUGGAAGCAGGCGAUGGAUUCUAUGAUGGCGCAAGGACUCGCGAAUACCGACCACAUGCCCUCGCCAAACUUCAACUAUAUGGCCGCGGCCGGCCCCAGCACCCCACGCUCGGAACCUCUCAUAUCUGCACUUGCGGCGAUGGCUGCCAGUGCGUCGGCUGCGCUGCUCACCCGUACAACGAUGCGACGCAAAACUAUGUCAAGUCUGCCUGGAACAUGA